CUAAUCAGCAGCUUUUCUUGCCUAUUAAAAAAGAAAAAGAAAAAGCCCUUCUUGCACGUAACGUUCAUCUCUCUCUCUCUCUCUCUCGUCUUAAUCUGAAAUAAAAGGCUGUCUCCAAUGACCGAACCCACGGCUACACACAGUCUCCCUGCAGAUUUCUACGCAAUGGCUGCGAUUCCGUUCGAUGAGUGCCAACAGAACGUCAAGGGCAUCCUGGAUGGAAGUUGCAGCCCACCUGUCAGCUGUCCAUGUAUCAAACUACUAGAGCCAAGUAUUGAUGAGAUCAGCCAGCACUGUUCUAUAGACAUUCUGCCAAUUCUUCUCGAGGGGCCUUCAUUUCCAGAAAGAUUUCACAGUUCACAUGGCCAAGACUUCUACAGCAUUUCAGUGUUGUCCAAUGAAGGCAACGAUCCACAAUGUGCUUCAGAGUUGGCAUUUCUAAGCUUCUUGGAAGUUGCUAACCCAUCAAAUGAUCAGAUGUGCUUGGAUGCACAAUUGAAUUGCCAGAAUUGCAUUGACUUUCAAAUGAACAGUGCUGAUGCUAUUCCCCCCUGCAUUGUUGACAUAAAUAUUGAAAAGGAAAGUUCAAAAACACCCAAAUCUACUGAUGAAACUGUUGAAAGUUUGAAAAGUGAGGGUGUGCUGACUCAUUUGCAGAAGGUGUUGUGGAGACAGGCAAGCCUUAAGAUAGGUGGAAAAAUUGUGCAACUUUUGACAAAUAAUUCAAGAGAUAAAUCAGGGAAUGAAAGGACCCAUGAUACUUCAAAUAAUCGAUGGAGGAAAUAUAAACGUGCCACCUCAUUUGAUUCAAGAAAGAUCGUUCUCCUAUUUUCAAUCUUAUCAAGUUUGGGAACAUUGGUGCUGAUAUAUCUAACGUUGAAAGUUAGGCAGAAUGGUGAUGCUUAUGCUCGUGUCUGAAGGUCUUGCCUUCCUCUGCUUCCAAUUCAUGCUUCAUCUUGCUCUUCUUUAUAAACUUCUCUUGAGAAGUUAUCAUUGGAGUUCCCUUUCUCCUAUUGUUCAUAUAAAUGUUUUUGAGUGUUCUCUGUACAUAGUAUCAUUCACAUUUCUACUAGAUUUUUUGUGAUAUCUGACUAUUUACGGGCUUAUCGCAAUCUUUAUAUUUUU